CCCAGGCGUUCAAUGUUCUACAGAGCAUUAAUGUUGAUGUCCAAAAGUUCUCUCAAGGGUCAUCGAAGGUGAUGAAGGUUUCCUUGGUGGUCGAUGACACCGAGGCAAAACAUUGUGUGCAAGCCCUCCAUUCAGUAUUCUUUGAGAAGGGCUUCGUAUCAGUAAACCACGGAGUUGACCGGGAGCUUAAUGGGUCCCCGGUGCAAAUUCCAGUGAACUCACCUCCAGCACCUGCCAGUUCCGGCGACAAGAGAAAGGCAGAUGGUGACCACCUCGAGGCUUCACUGAGCGCGCGUAAGCCGCAUAGAACGGAUAUUGACCACUGCAGUGUUGUUGAGGAAACAGAGCGCACGGCGUUCUCCGACGUGACUGGGAACCCGGCUGAGUUAUUCAAGGACGAUGGCGGAGUACCAGAAUUUCCCGAACGUCAACCCAAGGAGCAGCAGCAGGAGGUACUCCCUGUCCCUGUGUUGGCGGAGAGCAGCAGUGCACCAGAAGCAGUUCAACCAGAGCAGCAGGUACGCGUUGAGGUGGGGGAGAGUAGCAGUGGACCUCCCGGUGUUCUAAAGGACAAGGCCGAGGGUAUCCAUCCCCCAAUGACAGACGAUGGUGCUCUGGAGGAUAUCAGGCGCAGGAUACUAGCGAUGUCAACUACCGUCAGCAUUGGUGGGACUCGGGCCUUCAUCAACCUUGGGAUGAAACCGAUCCAGGGUUCUUCUCCAACAACAAUCCGACGAGCAUCGGAGGGGACGCUGAUGAGGCCUUGAACUACUUCAAUAUUAUAAGCGACACAAACGUUGAGCAUGUCAGAGUUGAUGCCGGCACUGGACUCAUGAAGGAGGCGACCCAUAUCGCCCUUUUGGACAAAGAUCCGAUGCACGACGGAGGUGACAGUGGCAGUGACCCAGACAAAUACUUGGCCAGUAUACUACAAGCUGAGGACAACCUCGAUGCUGGUGUUCUGCCCGUCAGAGGGGGCGAGCAAGCCGUGCAUCAAUCAGCACCCGGAGCUGCAACUGAGGAGUAUGCCGGACAGGGUUUCUGGACGAACGGCAUUUCAACUCAAGUGCGGUCCUCCGGCGACGAGCUCUUCCUGAUGCCGGAGCCUGACCCAACCGGUAAUCUUCGCUCUGUCGUGGCUCUUGAGGACUGCAUGGAUGAUUUUGCGUCCUUUGAGGAUUUCCGCACAAUAUGGUAACCGAUUUAUACCAAAUGGCUAUUGGAUUUGGAUACACGUUCAUACGAAUAUUUGAGCGUCGUAUAGCUAUGUCGUUGUUUGUUUGUUCAUGUUAUUAUG